AUGCCCCUCGCCCACCUCACAUUAACAGUCUCCCACCUCCCAACAUCCACGUCCUUCUUUCUGGCAUGUCUCCAACCCCUCGGCUACAAAUUCAUCGGCCGUCAUGACGAGUACAUCGGUUUCGGCUCCAAAGCUGAUGAGCCCGCUGAUUUUUGGCUUGCGCAGGAGCAGCCUGGAACACCAGCAGGCGCAGCACACAUCGCCUUCCCAGCCCCCAACAAAGAAGCAGUAAAUACAUUCUUCAUCUCCGCCCUCAAAGCAGGCGGCACAAUCCAUGGUGAACCCAAAUGCCGUGACCCCGAAACGGGGUAUUUUAGUGCUGCAGUUGUCGAUUUUGAUGGUAAUAGUAUAGAGGCUGUUUACCGGCCUGAUCCUGCCGUCGGCUCGCCAAAGAGUGAGGCGGGGUCAAUGGCUAGGUCAGAACGAACGAGGGGACCCUCGGCACUGCAGACGAUUAAGAAUGGAUCUGUUGUCUCGAGAGCGAGGUCUGUUCGGACCACGGAAGACAGAGCUGUGCAGGCUGCGAUUGAGAAUAUUCCGCCUUCGAGGGUGAAGAUGUUGGAUCAACAGGCACCCUCACAGGCUGCUUAUCAGCAGCAGCAGCAGCAGGCCUAUGCCCCGACACAACAGAGUAGUGAUAAUAGUAUCUCAGCAAAAACAAUUAUCGGGACUCUGCUGGGAGCCACGGCUGGCGCUGCGAUUGCAUAUGCCAUGAUCAAAAGCGAGUCGUCAUCGGAUUCAUCCUCGCCUCCUCAGUCUUCAGCUCCUAUUCCUAUGCCAGGCCCUGCUCCAUCUCAAUACAUUCAACAUCAGCCACCACUGCAACAACAACAACAACAACAACAACAACAACAACAACCACAUCAGAUGCCCAUGUCCCUACCCAUGCUGAUGCCCAUGCUCGGACCCGCACCCUCAUACCAAGACCAAGCCCAACAACCCAUCUACCGCGCUCUUGAGGCCCCUCCCACUGUCAUUGCGCCCUCCCAAGCAGCUCGAAGCGUCUACACCGCCAACGACGCAAUAUCAGCAUACACCCGCUCAACAGCACCCAAAGGCAAAUCUCCGCGCGCAGACACCAUCUACGAAGAGACGGAGUACUACCCACCCAUAACCGAGGGAGCAGGUGGUCCACGAUCACUCUACUCCCAAGAAGCCAGCACCAUCAAUGGUGGCGGUAGUGGUGUAAGACGAACAUCAAACGGAAGCAUAUAUGCAACUCGCGAACUCCCUAUCCGCGCAAUCGAGUAUGGAAUGAGCACUGUCUCCUCGCAGCAAUCGCAAAAGCUACACCAACAGCAGCAGCAGCAGGGGCAUAUUAUCGGGGAGGCAGAGAGUGAUUUCUCGUCGAUAUCGACGAUUAAACCUGUUCCUGCCGCCAAGUCAAUUGCAUCGUCGCAUCGUUCCUCAGCCACCAAAUCGAGUAAACACUCAUCUUCUCACCGUCAUGAAGACGAUGCUAUUGACGCAAGAAGUACCACAUCGUCAAACCGCACAGCGCACAAAAUCGCAUUACCAGACAGUCGGCCCGGCUCAACAUACACGUCCGCCACAAAGACAUCCAAACGAAGCAGCGCCUCCACCAUCAAAGAAACCAAACGCGACCGAGAUCGAGAGUCAUUGGUAGACGCCUACGAAAUCCCCCUCCCAGCAUCCGCGGCCCCAAGCACCGUUUUUCUAGAUGCAGUCGUCGACAUCACGCCGGAAGAUAGUAUAAGCCAAGUAGGCAUCUCCCACAACCACAACAACUACAACCAUUCAGACAACAAGUCCUCAUCCGGACGGUCACACAGAUCUCGCUCCGGCCCUUCGUCGCAGGCGCCAUCGACCGCCUCAAAACGCGAAAAGGACGCCGUUGAAUCGGGGAGUAUAUUCGACCAACCCAUCAAACCGAGCGAUAGCAUCAGCCAGGUAUCGGUUAACCAUCGCCACUCGUCCUCCAGCCAUCACAGUCACCACAGUCACAGUCAUGGUGGACAUCGGGGUUCGUCGAGAGUUAGUGAGCGCUCCGCCUCAGGAAAGAAGAGUCAUUCGGGGGGUUCGGUGAGGAGUGGGCAUUACUGA